UCAUUCAUUCAUGCUGUGCUACUACUUAUUAAUGUUGUUAUGCAUGCUGCUGUCUAACCCACUAAAAUCCCACUAUGUCCCUGUAGUGUGAGCGGUAGAAACCACGCCCAGCCUGUGUGUAAUUGGUAGGGACAGUGAAGAUAUUUGGCUCAUUAGUGUGGCGUGCCGGAGAGGAGAGGACAGACGUGUGACAGAGUAAAAACACCAUCUUUUUUUAUCACCCUCUUGGUCCACAUUCCUCGGUGCCACUGCAGUUUUUAACCAGCUUUGCGCAUGCAUGGUGCCAAAGUGGAUCUAGACUGCAAAAAAAGGACCAUCAUUGCAUCUCAAUAUCUUGACUGGAGACUUCUGGACAUUUGAUCUCUUGGUCAUGCUACAAAACUCACAAACUCUCCAAAAAGGUUGUUGCAAUUUGCGCGCCUGCAGCAGCAGCAGCAGCAGCAAGUGAGACUUUAUGUAGUAUCGACCUGUCAGAUCGGAUGCCCAGAUGAGAGAUCCAGUCGACACAGCAGCGGCUGCCAUGGCUUACCACCCUUUCCAAGCUCAUCGACCAGGUGCCUUGCCCUUGUCAGCCUUCUUUACCGCCGCUCAGCCAUCGUUUUUCCCCGCCGCGCUCUCUUUCCCAGACGUCGCCGCCUCCCUGGUCGAGCCUCUGCCGGAGCGCGCCGCCUCUGACGCGGGGCUUUUACGCACGGCUCUGGGUCAACAGCGGCAGCAGCAGCCGGUUCAUCCGCCGCGGUCCUUUAAGAGCCUGCAGGCGGACGAAGAAGGGCUGGAAGACGACCCCAAAGUCACGCUGGAGUCAAAGACUUUAUGGAAUGAAUUUCACAAAAUGGGAACUGAGAUGGUUAUUACAAAAUCAGGAAGGAGGAUGUUCCCGGCUUUCAAAGUGCGUGUAGACGGGCUGGUUGAAACAGCAAAGUACAUCCUGCUGAUGGACAUUGUCGCUGUUGAUGACUGCCGCUACAAGUUUCACAACUCCCGCUGGGUGGUGGCGGGAAAAGCUGACCCGGAGAUGCCAAAGCGCAUGUACAUCCACCCGGACAGCCCGUCCAAAGGAGAGCAGUGGAUGAGCAAGCCAGUCGCUUUCCAUAAACUCAAACUCACCAAUAAUAUUUCGGAUAAGCAUGGAUUUACAAUUUUGAAUUCGAUGCAUAAAUACCAACCCAGAUUUCAUAUUGUGAGAGCCAACGACAUAAUGAAGCUUCCCUACAGCACCUUCCGGACUUAUGUUUUCCCGGAGACAGAGUUCAUUGCUGUCACUGCUUAUCAGAAUGAAAAGAUUACACAGCUAAAAAUCGACAACAAUCCCUUCGCCAAAGGAUUCAGAGACACUGGAAAUGGGAGGCGAGAAAAGAGGAGUAAGCAGUUAACUGUUUCUUCAAUGCACGAGAACCAAAGCAAAGCGGACUGUGCUGAUUCUGAUGACUCGUGUGAACAGCCCAGUACCAGUGAUCCGUUUUAUUCUCCUCGGGAGCUGGUGAGCAGCCCUCUGAUGUCCACACCAACCUGUCAAGAUGACAACAAUAUUGGAAGUGAUUCAGAUAUCGAUCUACAAGAUGAGGACAUUGCUGAAGCCAGCUGUUCCAGGACUGAACAUGUGUCUACUUUGAGUCAGAAGAGCGAGGGGAUACCGUGGAACCAGCCUGCUCUCAGCAGGAGCGACGACAAUCAGGACACUACAAAAGAGAGGACAGUGUUUAGGACAUUAGAUGAUUUGUACUCUACAGAGAUUGAUUCUUCAAAAAAGCACAUGAGCGAAAUCAAAGACGGUGCCCUGCCUAUGACGUCUCAAACGCAGAGCUCGUUGUCCCUCGGCUCUGGACACCUUCAGACUUUGGAUUUCUCAAGUGCGCACAAUCAACAGUUUCUCAAGCUCGGAGCACCUUUGUUGUUUCAUCCGGGACAGUUAUCGGUGAAGCCAGAUGGUGUGGGACAUCUGUUGUCUUCUUUGCCUGGAGUAGAAAACGGAGGCCUAUCUUCUCAGAGCAUCACCUGUCCAUCUCCCUUCAUGUUUCACCUGUCGCAGCACAUGCUGGCAUCUCAGGGAAUCUCGCUGUCACCCUUCGGAGGACUGUUCUCCUAUCCAUACGGCUACAUGGCAGCGCCAGCACUCCCCACCUGUUCUGCGACCUCCACGCUGGCCAGAAACCACUGUUUCCGCAGCUCUCGGCCCUGGUUGCGAUUCAGCCCUUAUCAGAUCCCCACCACCUCGGUCACCUCAGGCCAAAACCUGCUGACAACCAGAUCACCCGGCAGUACAAACUCACAGUCUGAGGUGUCCAAAUCUGGGGGCAGCAGAGAGUCGAGCCCAGUGUCUGACAAUCACAGUCACAAAACCAAGGCCAAGCAGAAAACUGCUUCACCGAAAAACAUUAAUGAACUACCAAACACGCAUAAUCCGGUUAGAGGACUUGAUAAGCCACUUCCUCCACAAUAGACUCUCCUGUAUGUUGUUUUUCAUCCUACACGUGGUGGAUACGGAGUGACACAAACAUGUUUAUGAAGUUGCACAUAAUAAUCACCUUAAAUACAUAUUUUGUCAGAAACUGCAUGUGUUGCUGCUAUUCAACUUGUCAUUAUAUCAUCAAUAAACCUGCCUAAUAAACACUGAUUUGGUGAUUUACAGGUCAAAAGACACCCAGACAUUUAUGUUAACACUAGGCUUAAUUAUAUUUAUCAGUGUGAAGGAGGUUCUCACGACAUGUUGAUAUAUAGUCAUUUGUAACAACCAUUAAAAGGUGCAGUGUGUAGGAUCUGGUGACAUCUAACGGUGAGGUUGCAGAUUGCAACCGA